AUGACACAUCCGAGAAAAGAACUAACAGUUGCAUGUAGUUAUCUAUUACGAUUAAUGAAAGCACAUGUUGAAUUAUCAACUGAACAAAUCAAUGUUUUUAAACGAACUUUUCAUGAUAUAUUAUCAAAACGUUAUAUAGGCCAUUGGUUUCCAGCAACACCCAAUCGUGGAAGUGCAUAUAGAUGUCUACAAACUAAAUAUUGGAAAGAUCCAGUUCUUAAAUCAAUCGCUGAUCGUUCUUGUAUACCACUUCAUCGAUAUCUACCAAUCAUAUUCACUAUGUGGAUUGAUCCAGGUGAAGUUGCCGUUUGCUUUGGUGAUGAUGGUACAUGGUGUCCAUUAUACAAACAAGAUAUGGAUGAUGAUGAAAUACAUCAGGAAUAUAGUGAUGGAGAAGAAACAGUUUCAUGUUUUGCAUCUGAUGAUGAUUUAUCAAAUUUAACACAAAAUAUUAAAACAUUAAAUAUUGAGAAUAAACAUAUUCCAAUCAAUACUUUAACAACAGAUAAUCGUUUAGUGUCUUCAUUAGAAAAUAGUAGUUGUACAUCAAGUCCACUAUUAAAUUCAAUGACAACAAAUACACAGUUUCAUAGUAUGAAUGAUUAUAAUUAUUCAAGAUCAAAUGAUUGGAAUGUUCCACAAAACAAUUUCUGGUGCCAACAACAACAACAACCAUUAACAAUGUCAGAUGGAUUUUAUCAAGAAGGAAAUUUUUAA